AUGGUGCACUAUGGCCACUCGAACCAGCUGCGCCAGGCUCGGGCCAUGGGAGAUUAUCUGAUUGUUGGCGUCCACACGGAUGAGGAGAUUGCCAAGCACAAGGGCCCCCCUGUCUUUACACAGGAGGAGAGGUACAAAAUGGUGCAAGCCAUCAAGUGGGUGGAUGAGAUUGCUCCAGGAGCUCCCUACGUCACCACACUGGAAACCCUGGACAAAUAUAACUGUGACUUCUGUGUGCAUGGUGAUGACAUCACCUUAACCAUCGACGGCAAGGACACCUAUGAGGAGGUGAAGGCAGCAGGGCGCUACAGGGAAUGCAAACGCACCCAGGGUGUGUCAACUACCGACCUCGUUGGCCGCAUGCUGCUCAUGACUAAGGCUCACCACAGCAACAUAGAUGAGGACCUAGACUAUCGGAAGCACACUGACAACUUUGGGAAG